CAGAUUUUCAGGCAUCUCAACGGACACCCUCAUUGUCGGGUCCUGUUGGGGUCCUUGAAGUCGAAUAGGCGCGUUCGACUGAAAACCAUUCCCAAGUAAAAGUUAUCUAUUAGUACGGUGUGGUCGGAUCAUAUGUGUGUGUAGUUUGAUAUUGGGAUUUUCUUAAAGUGUGACAUAAUGCUAUUGUUAGGGCAAGAUCAUUGGUUUAUUAAAAAGGUCAUAUGUUGGAGAGCAGCAGCAAGUGUUGCCUGGUCUGUGCUUCUUUUACCAGCCUUUACAGCUGCUUUUGUCCUUUUAAGUAGGUUCAGUUUUUUUCAUCCAAUACAGUGGAUCUUGGGCUCAUUCAGCUUUAUUUAUGGUUCCUAUGUUAUAUUUUCCAUUGUCUUCCUUUGUUUGGUUGUGCUGAGUAUUGGGUUCUUCAGUUUACAGUUUUAUACAGUGGUGCCUUCAAUACCUUGUACUCGGAUUGCAUUAUUAGGAAAAGUUCUCCAUCCUCGCCAAUUGUUUCACUCCUUUUCCCACUGUGUAAUGGGAAUAUUUGUAUUCUGGUGUGCAGCAGUAAUGAUUGGGGGAAGAUACCAGGCACUUAUAAUCCCCUGCAGUGCUGAAAAUAGCUUUGAAAGUAUUCACAUGUGCCUUAAUGAAUAUCACCUGUUUUUUCUGCUGGCUGGAGGCUUUCUAGGAUUUAUCUACAGCCUUCUCUAUGUUGUUAACAACAUGAAUUAUGUAUCUUUUCCAUGUAUACAGCAAUACAAGUAUCUCCGUGUCAAGGGAGCCUUUCCUUUGGUCAUUAAGCAUAGCGCAAUUCAAGCAUUGUAUUCUGUUCGCAAUUUCAUCAUUGUGUACUAUUUCUUAGGCUAUAUUCCAAGAGCUUGGUUUUGUACAGCAAUGAACCUUAAGAGAGACAGUUCUGCUCUCUCAUUGGACAGUUUGGCAGGACUUCUUGACUUUUCACUUAUUUACCAUUUGUGGUUAAGUGGCACUUUUCUUUUGAUGAUCUGGUACACAACAUGGCUGCUGUUCAAAAUAUACAUUACUGAGGUAGUUUGUUUUCCAGUGCAAACUGCAUUUUCAGAAAAGGUUAAUGAGUGUCUCCCCAAAGUGUUGAACAGCAAGCAGCCACCUGUUUUAAAGUAUUUAGCUUUGCAGGACUUUGCUUUGUUGUCACAACAUGCUGCCUCUAGGAGACAUGAGGUCUUCAGUCUAAGUCAGCCUGGUGGUCAUCCACACAACUGGUCUACUCUCUCUGGAGAAUGUUUAUCUCUCUUGAAUGAUCUUACCCACAAAUUGAUUGCUUACCAGGAGGCAAUUGCAUCCAAUGGACGGGUGAAACAGCAGCCUGUUGACGGUGACAACCGAUCAUCCCUGUCUGGGAGCUCAGUUACAGGUCCAUCUUCAGUAGAAGAUUCUCCACCUUGGCAAGAACAAAGCACAACUUCUAGUCAUACAACCAAAGCGUCCACUUCUGUUUUUAAACCAUCUUUGUCCUCCCUAAAAUCUCCUUUAACUGCCCCCUUCUCUCCUGACAUAAAUAGUCCCUUUGGAUCACCUGCACUGAAACGUCUAACUGCCUCUAUAGAUCCAGGUUCCCCAUGGUAUGGUUCUGUGCAGAGUCCACAUUUGAUAAGGCGAGGACCAAAGCUUUGGACCUCAUCUACAGACUCUCCACUUAAUGGUAGAUCACAGAGAGAAAUUCCUAUUUUGCCUUGCACAUCUCCUGGUCCUCAAAAACCAAACUUUCUUACAGUGUGGCUUCAAAAUGGAUUUGACCAGGUCAAACAUUUCUUGGCCAAACGGGUGCUGGUCAUGUAUCUCUUUAAUAAGCUACCUGAAGCUUCCAGUCAGGCACUUUUUGCAGACAGCCAAGCUCAUAUUUGGGCACUAGAAGGGUUGUCUCAUUUGGUAGCAGCUUCCUAUUCUGAAGACAAGUUUGGAGUUGUGCAGACCACACUUCCUGACAUCCUCAGUUCUAUGUUGAAUUUACAAAAGGCAGUGGAUAAACAUUUUAAGCUACCUCAUGCCUCCAGCAAGCCAGUGAGAACAUCAGGAAGUCUUGUUGAUGCAUCUUAUAAAACUCUCAGAUUUGCUUUGAGAGCUGCUUUGAAAACUGCCAUCUACAGAAUAACCAGCACCUUCGGUGAUCAUUUAACUGCAGUUCAGAUGUCAGAAGAACACCGAAAAAGGCUACAGCUGUUUUUGGAUUACAAGGAAUGAAAACUUAUCCUUUUUUAGAAAAAUAAUACAACUAGGAGCUGCCACAUACUUCUGAUGAAUGUCUUUUCUUUGGUAUUACUUUUUAAAUCACAACACCAGUGUUGUUUGAUUUAGCACUUCCAAAAAAGCUGAGUUUUUAAAUGUUGAAUGAAUUAAAGUAUUAGUGUUUAUAAUUUUAAUAUAAUAUGGGUAAAUUGUGCAGUAGCUGAUAUUCUAGACCUGGUUAGGGAUGAUAUGUUUAGCAAGAGGUUCAUCUCUAUAAUAAAAGCAUUUGGGGAAAUUUCUGAGGCAGCAUACUGGUUAUUUAAUAAAUGUUACAGCACACCUACUAAGCAGGUGUAGCCUGUUGAAUUGAAAAUAGCAACAAUAAAUUUUCAGAGGCAGAAGAUAAUUGUAUAUAGUUUAGUAAUCUGAGGCCUCUUACUGUUCGGUUCAGAUAGUCCCAUUGCAUUUUAAGAAUUUUUCUACAUUUGUACUCUUCAGUGGUACAGUAACAAGUUUGUGUGAAUUAUGUAUACUGUAAUUAAAUGGAUACCAACAUAUUUUACAAAUGUAGCAAAUUCUAAACUGCAGGAUUUGUGAAAACAGCUCUGUUAUGUAUUAAGUGUGUUCUAUAAUUGCUAUUUUUUCAAUUGUAUAAUAAAUAUACAGUAUAUGACGAAUUUUUAA